CCUCGGCGUCUCCGCGGCCCGCGCGGUUGCUAUGACGCCGGGGCCGCCGCAGGCACCUGCCGCUGGCGGCGGAGCUGAGUGACCCGGGGCCUCCGACUCCCCGAGAGGCCCCUGGCGGCCCAGUUCCUGAGGUUCCCGCGUUCCCGCCUCAGCCCCUUCUGCGUUCCUUUUCAGCGCUCCAGGUCUUUCCCGCUCUCGCCUGUAUGGCCCGGAACGGGAGGAGAGGCUCUCCCGGCUCUGCCUUUGUCGUCGCGGCCCGGGCUGAUGCCGCCUGAAGGGGGACUCGCCGGCCUCCGGGGACGCGGCCGCCGCGGGCCUUCAGGGCUGGGCCGCCGGCCGUACUCAGACCUCGGGGCCCCUUCUCACCGCCCAGGCGAAGACUCAGCCCUGCGCCUCCCGGCCUGGCCUCCCCCGCUGGGACAAGUUCAGUUAGAAUAUGUACUGCAUCAUCUCAAGAAAGAAGGAACUGAACCUCUUGUUGCUACAGAAGAACCACUCUAUUUUGUUUGGUGCUUAUUCCAGAACAGUGAAGACGGGCUGAGCACUGCUAACCAGAAAUUUAGAAGAGCUUAUGGUGAAGCACAUGGAAGAAAUGAAAGAAAAGUGCAAAUAAAAGAGAUUGAAGAAAUGUUGUCUCAAGAGGGUUUGUCUGAAAUAGCUCUGGGCAGCCCCAGGGAGCAGAUUGAGUACUUACUGGUAGAAAGAAGCACAUUCUCGAGAAAACUGGAAACUGGGGGCCCCAAGCAAGAGUCCCAAAGACAUAUGGCCAGUCACCUACAGGAAAGACUUGCCCAGGAGACAUUUGAACAAGUCUACCAGCCUCUGCAAAGAGAACACGAGAAAUAUCAGGAACCUGUGCAGCAAUCUGAAAAAAUUUUGAGUGAGUCCCAUAGUGAAGACCUGGAAAAAGCUAAAAUUUCACAAACCUGCCUGGAGAGGAAUGCAAAACAAGUAGCAGAGAGGUUAGGGAUGGCCCAGGAAGAGAUCCAAAGGCUCACUGAUGAACUAAAAAGGAAGGAGAAAGAACAGAGUAAAUUAGAUUCUGCACUUGAGAAGGCUCAGCUAGAAAUUAAGAAAUUGAAAGAAAAUUUGACGAAGCUGCAAGAAAAUGGCAUUAAAGGGAUAAUACUUGGCAGUUCUCUAGAACUCUACUCCAGAGCUACGUUCUUAUAGAUUCAGUUGACCUACAGAAAGCAAAGGAACAUAAUCAGAGACUAGAUGAGGAAAUUCUGGCUUUAAGGAAUCGGGUUCGAUCACUUGACUCAGAAAAGAAAAUGCUUGGAGAAGUGGUUGAAAAACUUAAAGGAGAGAUUC